ACACGAGCGAGCCGCCGUGACGUGCGCCGCCGUGCUACGCCAGACAUCACGGGUCUGUGUAUAGUGGCGGCCCGGCUGUCCUCAGCUGCAUCGCCUGGCGAGGGUGGCGCGGCGUUCCCCGGUCGCGCGACCGGCGACAAAGACGACCCACAGUGGACGACCCAGCGGCAGAGUCGCCGCUUCCGCCUCGCUGCUUCUCCGGUCACCGGCGACGCGGGCCCGGGGCUUCCUCUUCAUCGGCCCAGUUUAUUCCGCGGGCCCCGGGGCUGCAGCUACCCAGAAGCGGCGAAGAGGCCCCGGGCUGCGCGCCCGCUCUCCCAUGUGAAGCAGGUCGGGCCUGGUCCCCGGCCCGUGCCCGGUUUCUGCUGCGGCCCUUCAGGCCUCGGGGACCCCCGCGAGGCGCUGCUCCUGGGGGGCGCGGUGACAGGCCGUGCGGGGGCGGAGGGGCCAGCUCGGUGGCCUCCUCUCGGCCCUCGGCUCCGCGAUCCCCGCCCAGCGGCCGGGCAAUAAAGAAUGUUGAUGGGAGAACCAUUUUCCUAAUUUUCAAAUUAUUGAGCUGGUCGCCAUAAUGGAUGAUCAGCAAGCUUUGAAUUCAAUCAUGCAAGAUUUGGCUGUCCUUCAUAAGGCCAGUCGGCCAGCAUUAUCUUUACAAGAAACCAGAAAAGCAAAACCUUCGUCACCAAAAAAACAGAAUGAUGUCCGAGUCAAAUUUGAACAUAGAGGAGAAAAAAGGAUCCUGCAGGUUACUAGACCAGUUAAACUAGAAGACCUGAGGUCUAAGUCUAAGAUUGCCUUUGGGCAGUCUAUGGAUCUACACUAUACCAACAAUGAGUUGGUAAUUCCGUUAACUACCCAAGAUGACUUGGACAAAGCUGUGGAACUGCUGGAUCGCAGUAUUCACAUGAAGAGUCUCAAGAUAUUACUUGUAAUAAAUGGGAGUACACAGGCUACUAACUUAGAGCCAUCACCGUCACCAGAAGAUUUGAAUCAUACGCCACUUGGUGCGGAGAGGAAAAAGCGGCUGUCCGUAGCAGGUCCCCCUAAUAGGGAUAGAAGUUCCCCUCCUCCAGGGUACAUUCCAGACGAACUACACCAGAUUGCCCGGAAUGGGUCCUUCACCAGCAUCAACAGUGAAGGAGAGUUCAUUCCAGAGAGCAUGGACCAAAUGCUGGAUCCAUUGUCUUUAAGCAGCCCUGAAAAUUCUGGCUCAGGAAGCUGUCCAUCACUUGAUAGUCCUUUGGAUGGAGAAAGCUAUCCAAAAUCGCGGAUGCCUAGGGCGCAGAGCUACCCAGAUAAUCAUCAGGAGUUUUCAGACUAUGAUAACCCCAUUUUUGAGAAAUUUGGAAAAGGAGGGACGUAUCCAAGAAGGUACCAUGUGUCCUACCAUCACCAGGAGUAUAAUGACGGUCGGAAGACUUUUCCAAGAGCUAGAAGGACCCAGGGCACCAGUUUCCGGUCUCCUGUGAGUUUCAGUCCUACUGAUCACUCCUUAAGCACCAGUAGUGGAAGCAGUAUCUUUACCCCGGAGUAUGACGACAGUCGAAUAAGAAGACGGGGGAGUGACAUAGACAAUCCUACUUUGACUGUCACAGACAUCAGCCCACCCAGCCGUUCACCUCGGGCUCCAACCAACUGGAGACUGGGCAAGCUGCUUGGCCAAGGAGCUUUUGGUAGGGUCUACCUCUGCUAUGAUGUUGAUACCGGAAGAGAGCUGGCUGUUAAACAAGUUCAGUUUAACCCUGACAGCCCAGAGACCAGCAAGGGUUCAAUUAAGGACCAACUAAAAGCCUACGGAGCUCUUACUGAGAAUGUGACGAGGAAGUACACCCGUCAGAUUCUGGAGGGGGUCCAUUAUUUGCAUAGUAAUAUGAUUGUCCAUAGAGAUAUCAAAGGAGCAAAUAUCUUAAGGGAUUCCACAGGCAAUAUCAAGUUGGGAGACUUUGGGGCUAGCAAACGGCUUCAGACCAUCUGUCUCUCAGGCACAGGAAUAAAGUCUGUCACAGGCACACCAUACUGGAUGAGUCCUGAGGUCAUUAGUGGAGAAGGCUACGGAAGAAAAGCAGAUAUCUGGAGUGUAGCAUGUACUGUGGUAGAAAUGCUAACUGAAAAGCCACCUUGGGCUGAAUUUGAAGCAAUGGCUGCCAUCUUUAAGAUCGCCACUCAGCCAACAAACCCAAAGUUGCCACCUCACGUCUCAGACUAUACUCGGGACUUCCUCAAACGGAUUUUUGUAGAGGCCAAACUGCGACCUUCAGCGGAGGAGCUCUUGCGGCACAUGUUUGUGCAUUAUCACUAGCAGCGGCGGCUUCGGUCCUUCAUCAGUUCCAUCCUCGCUGUCACCUUCUCUCUUACUGCACUUUCCUUUUUUUUAUAAAAAAAGAGAGAUGGGGAGAAAAAGACAAGAGGGAAAAUAUUUCUCUUGAUUCUUGGUUAAAUUUGUUUAAUAAUAAUAGUAAACUAAAUUUUUUAUAUUUAAUCUUUUUUUCUUUACAAGAACUUGAAACUUCUUUUCUUUUUUUUUAAAAAGAUUUUUAUAAUGUACUGAUGUGGUUCAGAGCUAUAAAGCACUUUAGUACAUAGUUGCUCCUUUUAGUACAAACAAAUCAUUUGGAAUAUAUAAAGAUUGUAGUCUUGCCCUGUAUCACUGACAUGGAAGACAAAGAGAAGAAAGUGAUGUACAAUUUGUAGUUUUUAGUGAUAGUAUUUAAGUAGAUCCUUAUCUGUGGGGUUGAGCCCUAAACUUGAGUUUAGGGUAGGUACUGAUCGUAAAGAAUAUAGGGUUCUUCUUAGAUCUGUAUUCUUUAGAUCCUAACCUCUACCUAACAAGCUUUUUUGCUCAGUAGGAAUCUUGAAUAGAAGAUACGAAUCUCUAAGAGGUAUGUUUGUUAAUCCUAAUCAGUAUACUAGGUAAAUACACUAUAUUAGAGCUGUGUUACUGGGCUCUAUAAACAUUGAGAGACAGCUUUCUGCUUUAAAACAUUGUUGUAUUUGGAAGCAGACAUGUGAAGCCAAUGAAUGAAUUCAGCUAAAACACAGACGACUGCUCAUUAAAUGUAUGAGCAGUAGAAGAGACAACAUUUGCCAGUCAGUAGAAAAAUAUGGAAAAACAGAACUAGUGUUAUUUAGUAUAUUUUAAAUAUUAUUUACUUGAGGCAAAAGUCCCAAAAUGGAGGGAACUGAGAAAUAAUAAAAUUUGUGUUUAUAUAUUAGCUUCCUAUUUCUAACCCCUGAUUUCCCAUAGAUAACAGUCUUUAGCUCAGAUACCCACCUGUUAAAGCUCCUGUCAUGCAGUAAAAACCUUGUUCUUGGGGUCUUGGAGUACUAAACCAGAGGCUCCUCAGAAGAGUAAACAUCAGGGAAAGCAAUGAGGUUUGUGGUAGGGAGUCAUUUUCCUUCCCUUGGCAUUUGGCAAUGCCUGGAGACACUUUGUUGCCAUAACUGGCAAGGUACUACUAGCAUCAGGUGGGCAGGGGUUGCAGGUGCUGCUAAGUAGACUGUAGUGCACAAGGACUCCCUUCCUAGGAGUUCUUCUGCUACAUGACAAAAGUGCCUAGGAUGGAAACCGAGCAGCCAUUCACAGAGCAGUCAGGACAGCAGUCAGAGGAACUGUGUGGGGCAGACGAGGGCUUCAUAAGAGCAGAUGAUGAGUCGGGUGAACAGUCUCAGCUCCUAACAGAUGAUGGUCCUCUGACAGCUGUCGGUUGCACUUGAAUCACUAACUCACUUUAGAAAUAAUGAAUUUAAGUAUUCAACUGUUUGAAUUUAGCAUCUCUGUAUAUUCUUCCCUUAAAAGGAGCUCCUCCUCCUAGGUCAAGAAAAGUACACCAAAACAUAGUGUUUACUAGCAGUGGGGAGGUUAAAACACUGCCAGGUAUUUCCAGUGUAAGCAUCUCUUUGGAGCCAUGUAAUUAAAUGGAAAGACACUGCUGGGCAGGAUCCUGCCGUCUCUAGUACAGUUAUAAAACUUAAAACAUGAAGGUGUCAGUAAUUUGGCCACUUGCAAAUUCUUCAACAUUAAACCAAGUGCUAAGUAUUUUUUUUUUCCAAAAGCCUAGAAGAUAACAAGUCUUCCAGGAGACGCUGAGUGUGAUGCUUCAUCAGAAGGGACUAAAUAAGAUAUUCAGAUUUUGUUGUUGUUAUUACAAGGUAUGUUUAUUGAGAUAAUUUUUAUGUACUUUGCUUUUGAAUUUUUGUAGAUAUGGCUUUAAUGUAUCAAGAUCCUACCUGGCAGACCCUGUAAUAAUUUUUGAAAUUCCAGUAGUCUGAGAGUCAAAGCACACACAGUUAACUCUUCUCCUGUACACUGUAAAUCAGACGAAGCCCCCGGCAAAGACCACGAAUCAGGGGCCUCCACCCUUAGCAAAUCAGAUGCCUAAUCUUAGGCUGGAGACCUAAUGCAUAGGCCUAUUGUAAUUUCUUUAUCUGUCAUGAGUGAGGGCAUCUCUUCUACUUGAGCAAGAUCAUGGUACCUGGAUUGCUGGGUUCUUUUGUUCCUUUAUUUUGUUGUUUAUUUGUCUCUUAGUGUGCUUGUGACUUCCCUUUGGCUCACUUUUGGUCCGUCAGGGUAAUGUGCAGUACAAAAGAGAUCAAACACUCUUCAGAAAGAUAUCUGCACACUGGAACGCAAAGCAAAUUGUUAGCUUUCUAAGAGUCUCCUUUUCUUUUCUAAACUCACUAGUAAACACAUGCAUCAGAAUACUUUUGCUUUAUAAAAAAAUAAAGAUUUAGGAAUAGACUAAUAGUUUACAGAUCUAUUAUAUUAAAUAUGAUGUGAAUUUAUUUCACACCAGUUGUGAAGGUACCAAAAAAACACAAUGGAAGUUAAUAUAUAUAAACCCUGCUAGAGCAAAAAGGCUUGAAGUAGGUAGGGGUAUGGAAGGCCAAUAGUAAAUGUAAAAAAAUAAGUUUUUGAAAGGAAACAAUGUUGUCAAAGGAAGUAAAAUACUACACUCCAUGUUUUUUUCUGCCUAAUGGUAUGGAUUAACAGAUGAAGUUUAAAUUGUAAAAAAUUGUUCUAGAUUUUUUUUUAAAUAUACAACUGAUUCUUUGGUACUGCAAUGUUUCUUUGUGGCUAGAAAAUGGCCAGACGGCUGACUUUGUGCCUUUAAAUGCGUUCUGCAUUGCCAGUAGCAGACUUCCUUCCGGUGCUGGAGCAGAUCCACUAGCAGUGUCAGAUGUGCUGUCAGGGCGCACAUUCCGCAUAGGUCCUGAGAGAGUCCAAGUGGCAGGAUGGGGUUAAGUCAAGGGGAAGGCCUUUCAUAGUGCAAACAAAAGUAGUUGAAUAAAAGAGUUAAAAACGUAACUAAUAAAAUUUUAAUGGAUUGGUAUUUAAACCUUUUGAGGUUUCAGAAUGAAUACCUUGAAAAUUUUCAGCACUUUUCCUUGUUUACAAAAUAUAUUUUUAACUUUAAAAACAUCUAUGACUAUUGCCUUAGAAAGUAUUAAGAGGCACAAUCUACAACAUAUGAGAAGUUGAGUAUUGCACAUGCUGGACUAUAAAAGAUAAAACCUUUAUUUCAGAAUAAAUGUAAUUGGCUUUCAUUUGAGUCUUACUCCAUUAGAAGUUACAUAAAAAGAGUAAAAAUAUAUCUUUAGAGUAGCUCUCUGCUACUAAGUUCUGACAUUGGUCAGGUCGGAUCUGCACUAUUCUGAAAUAGUGUUGUUAGAAGAUUAGGAAAUCUAAAAUAAAAUCAAACCUGAAUAGAUUGGCAGAUGACCCAGUAUGAUGCAGACUCCUUGAUUAAUGGCAGAGUUCACGCCAGUGGUUUCAUUUGGCGUCUGAAAACCCUUAUAUAAAUUCAGCUGGAGACAACCAGGUAUACAAAUCAGUCUUAUUUUAGUUUGUUUUUGGAGUCAGGGUUCUUACUAUGUGUUUCAGGCUGGCCUGGAACUUAAAUGCUCCUGCCUCUGCCUCCCGGGUGCUGGGAAAACAUGCAUGUGCCACACCCUGCUUUGCCCAUUUUUUUUUUUUUAAAUAGGGUCAAUCUUUUCCAUUUUCUUACUCAACAGUUGUGAUGUACUGUGUUACAUUAAAUUAAUAUUCUUCAGGAAAUUACAGUUGAGGAUCAUGGGCAGACAGUUACUUUAUGGCAUACCCUAACUCUGAAAGUUUAGCAGUGAUGUUUAAAAUGCUAGGAUUUUUAUAUGAAAAAAUAAGGAAGAAAUUUUAGAUAACUGUUGGCCAUAAUUAUGGACUCCAAAGAUAUUAACAAGGGGAUUGCUUGUUAAUCCUUUUAUUCUAAAAGUAUCUCUAUGUCCCACGUCAGAACCUGCUCUUACCAUACAAUACAGUCCCAGAUUGUUCUGGGACAGUGGAACAUUUAUUCCUUAGCGCACUGUAUUGGGAUUCUCCCUCACCCCAGCUGUUGUUAUUGUUUUUGUUUUAAGGAAAAAAAAUGCCCAAAACUUUAUUUUGGUUUUUAGGUGUUGAAAUACCAAGAACUCUUGGAUAGAGGUUGAACUCGUCAAGUGUUACUUAUGCUAAGGUCAGAUUCUUUUGAUGUCCUGUUAAAUUUAGCAUUUACUUUUAGAUGUGACAUUCAUAUUUAUUUGAUUUUAACACUGGUUAAAGUUCAAUGAAAAACAAUUUGUUAAUUUUUAGUAGUGCCUUUUUCUCUGUAUGCCUUAAUUUUAUUUUAUAUUUGUAAUUCAGAUUACCUAACAAGAUGAAGAGUUUUCCAAAAUGCUAGGCCCCAAGAGUUUCCCUGGCCUCGGACUGUGUGUUGGCCCCCAUGUCUUUCUUAAUGCUUGCUUCUUCCUCUCACCCUUUCUACCUCCUUUUAAAAAACGUUAGGAGAGAACGGUAGCAUUUAACUGACUGCAAGCUCCACUAGAUGCGAAUUCCCAAAAUAAAUAUGGAAAGGUAUUCUCAUUCAAAAAGACACAGCAAAUUGAUUUUUGGGUUGAGUACUUGAUUUUCAGUCAUACUGGCACUGUCCAAGUUCUUUGUGUAUUUUUGUUUGGUUAUGAUUUCAUGGAACUAGAGCAGUUGUUUUAUCCUUAAGAGCUCCUUUAAGUGUUUUAUGAAGGUUGAGGCAAUGAGCAAGAAAUCCAGGGACAAUGAGUUCUAAUCCUUAGUAUGUAACAUUUGACCAAUACUCUAGCUUACUGUUCUGUGAAGUAUGUGUGCAUGCAUAUGUGUGUGUGUGAGCAUGUGUGUGUGUGUGUGUGUGUGUGUGUGUGUGUGUGGCAUUAGGGCAGGGGUAGGAAUGUGUAGUUGUUCAGUUAGAUCUGUUUUUGUUCUUGGAAGAGCAACUGAAAAAAUGUCUGAUGUACUACUAUAGGAUGAGAAGGAUCAUUCCCAAGUAGGCAUGCCAGGACAUUUUCCAUAAGUAGCUAGUACGAUUGAUUGUUUAAUAAAGGUAUUUAUUGUAAGUUGCCAAGCUCUUAAUUGCUAAAAAUAGAUUAAAAUUCAAUUUUUGUUUGUAUCUGUAAUAAUUAGCUUAUAUAUAAUUCUUCAAUAGAAAGUAUGUGAUCUUAGGAAUUUCUUCAUGAACUUUUUGGAGUAAAAUUCUGCCAGAUAUUAUCUAGACAAGCUUCCUUAGUUUACCAGGUCGUCAAAAGGAAAUGUUCUUAUACCUCUUGUUGGUUGCUGGGGAAGGUGUGCUGUGAGCCACUCUUUGCUUCCUGUCAUCUUUAGUGCUGCUUCCACUCCUCCCAUUGUCUGACAGACGCCGUGAGUGCUGUGGGAUCCAGAGCUGUCCUCCUCUCUGUGCUCUCUCAGAGCUGGAGAUGGGUAGCUCUCAGGGGACCAAGACAUUUCUCAGAGGUACUAAAAGUGGUCAAGGUUGAGCUUCAGGAAGAUAAGGGAGGACUCAUAGCUAUAGUGAAAAAAACAUAUAUGCUGUAUCCAUUGCCUAUAUACAGUCUCAUAAUUCUUCAUGGUUUUUGUGUUUGUGUAUUUUAAUAGACAGUGAUAAGGUAUUACGUUCCCAACAGCAAAGACAUUAAAUAAGAGAAUACUCCUGUCCUCCUGCCUGGUGGUGUUUGUUUGUACCUCAGUCUCUUUUACCAGAAUCACUUUAAACCAAAGCUUUUGUAUUCCCUGCAUACAUAGCCAAAAUGAUUAGCCCUGAUAAAUUUGCCCGUGUGUGAGCUAAUAGUAUCUAAAUGGUAGAGCAGAUGCUAGUAGAAUUUGUUUGCCAAUCUAUCUUAUCCUUCAAGGAAAAGGACAGGUGCUCAGUGCUCAGUGCUCAGUGCUUGCAUUUAGACAUGCAGAAUACUUACUAUUAUGGGGCUAUAUAGACACUGCAGACAUAAGUUCUUAUGUGUGCCAAUCUUAUAAUGUCACUUGGCCACUGAUGUGUGUAGAUUUGUGUUGACAUCUGAUGUCUCAGGUUGGUGGCAUCACCAACCUAGUGUCUUAACAUUUAUGAGUUUCUGUUUGACUUAAGGGACAUUUCAACAAUGCUGUGAAGAAAAGUAGGUUAUGAACUAGUCUGCUUUGUGCCAUAGACAUUUUGGAAUGUACAGAAGGAAGCGUCUGCUCUCUAUUCUUUAAAGCUUACAGAUUUGACCCCCACUAAGGAUUUAUGAAUCUUGUAAUGCCAGUUGAGAAAAGUUUAUGACUAUUCUGAAAAGCACUUUGUAUUCAUUUAUUUGUAUGUUUUAGAACUUUAAAAAAAUCCUGUAUAAUCAAUGAUUUUAGCAUUAGCAUUAUUUAGAACAGAAGAUAAAUAAUUAUAUGUUAAACUCUAGUAGUUGCAUUGACUCCAGAAUAUAUUUGACAUGGUCUCAGUUAUCCAAAGACUUUUUUCCUCCUUGCAGUAAGGAGAAUAGACUAGUGUGGGACUCUGCAAGCCUAAAAGGUUUAUGGGCAAAAGGAAGUGGGCCAAACCCUUGUCAAUCAAAACCAUAUUGUCUAGGGAUGGGAAUACUUCUUUAUAGACAGUUUUUUUAUAAUUAGUAAGUAAAAGGUUUACAUUUCUUCCAUUGCUGUUGGUUUUAAAGUUUAGCUUGCAUUCUGAAAUAUCCUAACAAAGUUAAUACCAAAAAACACCUUUAAUGUCUGACAUCUCUUAUAUUUCACGUGGUUGUUUUUACUCAUUGUAAAUAAACUUGGAUAAAUUUGAAAAUAAACUUUUAUCUUGCAGACUAUGAUUAUCAAUUUGUAAAUUUACCCUUUGACUUAUGUACAUUUAAAAUGUAUCCAUUAAAUUCUCUAUAUUUAAUGUAUUAUUUUUGGCAAAUGUUUUUAAUCUCAGUUGAAUACUGGGCAGUUUAUAAUUAUGUACAAAUAUUUUUUGUUUUCUAUCAAUGCUGACUUUUUGCACAUUUUCAAACAUUUAAUUUGUACACUGAUUUAUAUGACCAAUACUUGUUGAGUGUCUGAGAGUCAUGAGUGUGUGCAUUGAACUACUGUCUCUGUGUUUGCACUUCUCCCUAGAUGUAGCGCUCCCUCAGUUUCUGUGCUGCUGUGACCUUCGUAGGGUGACCUUCUUGCUUUUGCAAAGUCACCUGUGUGUGGUUCUGUGUUUGUUGGAGAACUCAGGAGUUCAGUGUUGCAGUCUAAUUCUGUCCUGUAUUCUGAAUCCAUUCCUAGGUUGAAAGUAUUCUGUGUGUAUCAAGAGAUAUGUGUUCAUGUGGAGAUGUCCUUUUCUUUGUGUAGACACGUGUAUAGAUCUUAGUAAAUUCUUAUUUUCAUUUAAUUUCUACAAUUUUAAGAACUUUAUGAUAAUUAAAUAUGUGUAAAGGCUUUCUGAAAGAUUAUUUACUAUAUAUAUAUAUACACACUAUAUUUUCAGCUGGCUGGUCAAAUUAUUUUUUAAAUUUUGGUUUUAACAUUUGAGCACAAUUGGAUACAAAUUUUGCUUAGAGCUCAGUUAAAAUACUCUUGCAACUAACAGCUUUUGGGGUGGGGUGGGGGGAGAUUGUUAAGCAGUAGCAAAACACAUUGUCCACUAACAUGGCCUUUGGCCUCUCAGAGCUGUUAAAACAUGUGAGCAACUAAAUCGUCUUGAAGACAUGUGGAGACUUUUAUAUUUCCAGUUGUCUGACUGUGUUUUUGAAUAUUUCCUUUAUUUCCAAAGUUUUCAGUUUUCUCUUACUGAGCAAAGUUAGACCGAGUUGUUGAAACAAUGCCUUGGCAUAUUGUGACUCUUCACAGUUGAUGACCAUUGUGUUAGGAAUCUCCAAAUGCGCAGUGUCUUUAUUGUGUACUGUGUGUUCUAAGCAGCUGGCAGAAAGAGUUGGAAACUAGGUUUCCAUCUGACAAUGUUACUAUAUUCAAUGGAAAGCCUUCUAAAAGGAUGUGGUGGCGGAAAGUUAUUUGUGUUAGGAAUAAAGUCUACAGUUGAAGUUGACUAUCACUAAGUUUAUUAUGUUGAGAGGAACCCAUGUGAUCAGAACCUACCCGGAAGCCAGACACAGUAUGUACCACAUCUCACACACAUGUGGGUCUGUUGUUCAUUCAAAAUUGUGCUUGUAAAAAUGUGUAAAAUUUCUUGAGUUUUAUAAUUUCUAUGUAUUUUUUCUUGCUGGUAAAUAGCUUUUAAAUUUUUUAAUAUAAAAGAAACCAUGUUUAUAUUUUGUUAGCAAUGAUGACUUUGUUAUAUGGCAAUUUGUGAAUUAUUGACACAUCUUUAUUUAGAUUUGUCAUGCAUGAAGGCCUGCGAUAUUCAGUACAGUGAGACAUACUUCAUUCCUAUUCAUCUUCUGACAGACUGUGGUGCAGAGGCUUGCUCUCAGUAAUCUUCUGAACUGUGGAAUGGACAUAAAUGAAUGGUAAUUCGAGUGUUAAUAAAGCUGGUAUUU